UGCAUUUUAGUCCAGCAAAGAUUGAGAUCGCAGAGCGAUACAGAUUUUUUCAAAGGAAACAAAGCAGUGAAGAAUCUGUUGCCGAAUAUAUAGCUUCUCUCAGGAAGCUCGCGGUUCACUGCAGUUUUGGAUUAUAUCUUGAUACUGCGCUACGUGAUCAAUUCGUGUGUGGACUGAAUGAUGCCAGGUGUCAGAAGGAGUUGCUUUGCGUGUCGUCACUGUCGCUGCAGGAUGCAGUUCAGCACGCCAGGUCAUAUGAAGCGGUCGCCAGGGAGUCCGCGGCGAUUCACCCGACGCAACCGACUUCAACGGCAGAUCCGACCCAUCACCAGGUGGAGUUUGUAUCUGCUGGGUCUCGAGGCAGAUCAUGUUUUCGAUGCGGUAGCUCAACCCAUCUUGCGAAUCGUUGUCGGUUCAUGCGUACUGUCUGCUUUGCGUGUGGAUUGCGCGGUCAUUUGGCAGCCGUCUGCAGGAACCCGGGAGCGGGCGCUGCGGCGGGUGAGGUGCUGCCGCCUGGUGGCCGACCCGCGAGUCGCGGUGACCCGACCGGCGGCCGCAGUGGCCCGGCCGGCGGUGCCGAGGGAGGGUCGCGGCCUGGACCGUCCGGUCGGGAGGGGGCGCGGUCAGGCCUUUCCAGUCGACCGCUCGGAAGAGGACCAGUCACAGCGGACAACAGGCACCAGAAAGGAGGAAGAUCCGGUGGACGAGAGGUCCAUCAGACUGGAGAACUGGAAGAGGACUCUGGAGAUGAGUAUUCGGUGCUCCACACCCAUCAACCCCGAGGCGGUAAGUUGAUUACGACUCUGAUAAUCAACGAUAAGCCGCUAGAGAUGGAGAUAGAUACGGGUGCAGAAAUCACUACGAUUCCAGAGCAUGUAUUCGAGAGAGUGUUUGGGUACGACUCAGAGCCACUGGUAGCCACAAAAAAGAGACUGUCACAGUAUGAUGGCACGCCAUUGACCGUGUGUGGAGAGAUGCGUGCUCAUGUUCAGCACGAUGACCAGCAGUUCACAGGUACAGCUUUGGUGGUGAACGUGCGUAACAAGUACCCGCUACUAGGCCGUGAUUGGUUGUUCCGUGUAAAGCUGGACUGGAAUAGAAUAUUUCACGGACGUGACGUUCACACAGUGUGCAUGUCUGCUUCCCAGUUGCAGGAGAAAUAUGAAGAUGUGUUCGCCGAUCAGCUGGGGGAGAUCAGAGGCAUCGAAGCUGACAUCGAGCUGGACGACAAUGCCAGACCACGGUUCUUCCGGAGCCGGCCGGUACCGUUUCCACUGAGGGAGAAGGUGAACCAGGAGCUCGACAGGCAGCUGGAGGAAGGAGCACGUGGACAACCUCGAACAACUGCUCAGUCGCCUUCAGCAGUACGGUGUGCGGCUGCGCCGCGAGAAGUGCCGCUUCUUCCAGAGGUCUGUGGAGUUCUUGGGAUACACUCUCACCACCGAGGGAGUGCGACCGAGCGAAAAGAAGCCCAGGUGGCGUCUGCCACCGCCAAGGAUCCGGUGCUCAGCGUGGUGCUCGGCUGGGCUCGAACCGGCGCCUGGCCCGGGCACGCGAACGACAGCCGGUUGAAGCCGUACCUGCAGCGGAGAGAGCAGCUCACCGUGAUCGACGGCUGCGUACAGCUCGGUGAGAAGGUAGUCAUACCUGACAGAUAUAGAGCUCAGCUACUGAAGGAGCUUCAUGAAGGCCAUGUUGGCAUUCAUAAGAUGAAGUCACUGGCUAGGGUGUUCCUCUGGUGGCCAGGGCUAGAUGCAGAUAUUGAAAAAGUAUGCCGUUCGUGUCCGUCCUGUGUCGAGAACGCGAACAUGCCCAAACCAGAGAAUGUACACCCGUGGAAAUACCCAGUUCAGCCUUGGGACAGAGUCCACAUUGAUUUUGCCACUUUUGAAGGAAAAACCUACCUUUUGCUCGUUGAUGCUUACUCAAAAUGGCCAGAAGUGCGAUACAUGUCUAGCACAACGGCUACUAAGACCAUCGAAGUGUUGACGGACAUUUUUGCAACGCAUGGUUUUCCGGUGACGUUGGUGUCAGACAAUGGCCCGCCGUUUACCUCUGGAGAGUUUCAGAGCUACCUGGCAGCGCGAGGUAUUCAUCACCGUCUGACACCGCCGUACCACCCAGCGUCAAACGGGCAGGCGGAGUCUCUGGUACGUACCUUCAAAGCUUUCCUCAAGAGGUAUGCAGGACCCAGACCCACAGCAGUAGCACAAUUUCUGGCAAAAUACAGAACGACUCCAUGCGUCACAACAGCCCGGGCACCCGCCGAAUUGCUUUUUGGGAGACUGCCUCGGACAAAGCUCUCGCUCCUCAAGCCCAGUGUUGCAGCGCGGAUGCGACAUGAGCCUGUCGACACUGUCUCACGAUCAUUUCUUGCAGGUCAACCUGUCUUGGUUCGAGAUCUGCGGCCAGCAGCUACCGAGAAAUGGCAGCGCGCUGUCGUCGUCGCCAUUGGAGGCCCACUGACGUACAGCGUGCGGCUGCCGGACGGUCGCAUACGUCUCGCCCACGUGGAUCAUCUGCUGGCCGACGGCUCUGCUUCUGUGACGGCUGAGCGUGGGCCCCUCGAUGCGCGGGUGACGGUGCCGCCUCCGACGGAGCCGGGAAAGCUUCGCGGUCCAGCAGUGCCAUGUGUGAUGGACGCUAGGGGGCGUUUUCCGUAUAUCAGUGAUUAUAAUAAGCGAGCAACAUGCGAGGGCAAUCGUGGUGCGCGUGCAUCAGAGCCGGUAGAAGCGGUGCCGGCCUUGCGGCGCUCUGCUCGGCUGGCUAAAAAAACUUGUUAAAGGGGGAGGAGUGCUGUGAGCGCCGUCUAUUUGCUGCAUGUGCUGGUCGUGUGACCGCUCGUGUGACCGCUCGUGUGACCGCCCGGGCCGCCGCUCGGCGCAGCUGACCGACCGACUGCCUGGGGGCGGGGUCGAAGGUCGGGGAGCUGCGCGGUCGAGACGAACCGCCGCUGACCGACUGAUGGUCACUCUCUGACCGGCCGUGAUCCAAUACAGUCCGUCUGAUGAA